GUAAAUAAUUCUGUAACCGUGAAAGGUUUUAAUUUCAUUAUUUUAUGCACUAUAUUAUAUUGCAUUCGUUGCAGUGAAUUCCAAAUCACAUUCUGUGUAAUACUAAAUAAAUAUUAAGAUAAUAUAAGUAAGAAGUUCGCAGUCCAUGAAAUUCCCCUUAUUUGACGAAGGCUGUCUUUCUAAAGGCUGAUGUAAUCGCGACCACAUGGAGAGACGGCCCUUACUUGCUGGUGGUGAAGAUAACGUCGACCAAGCCAGAGUCGGACUGGAAUUUAACAGUCAGUGUGGUGAUGAAGGGCACACACGGCUUCAUCUCUAUCACCGAGUGGCCCCUGAUGAUAUUCUACAUGGUGAUGUGCGUGGUGUACAUCCUCUACGCCUUGCUCUGGUUCGUCUGGGCAGCCUGCUACUGGAAGGACCUGCUGAGAAUCCAGUUCUGGAUCGCCGGAGUCAUCUUCCUGGGCAUGGUGGAGAUGGCCGUCUUCUGUGCCGAAUAUGAGAACACCAACACAGUGGGGCAAGCCACCCAAGCCCUACUGAUCUUUGCGGAGCUCGUCUCUGCCCUCAAGAGGACUCUGGCUCGGCUGCUCGUCAUCAUUGUCAGCCUUGGAUACGGCAUAGUCAAGCCUCGUCUUGGCACGGUGAUGCACAGAGUGGUGGGCUUGGGGGUGCUGUACUUUUCCUUCGCUGCCAUUGAAGGCUUCCUGAGGAUCACUGGGGGUCGGGACAAUGGGUCUAACCUCAUAGCAGUCGUGGUUCUAGCCAUGCUUGACUCCGCUGCCACCUGGUACAUAUUUGUAAGUUUGGCUCAAACCAUCAAGACCCUGAAGCUGCGGAGGAACCCCGUCAAGCUGUCCCUGUACCGACACUUCACCAACACGCUCAUCUUCGCUGUCAUUGCCUCCAUCAUCUUCAUGGUCUGGACGACAAAAAAGUUCCGCUUUGCAGAUUGUCAGUCAGACUGGAUGGAGCUGUGGGUGGAUGAUGCCUUCUGGAGGUUCUUGUUCUCCAUCAUUCUGCUGGUCAUCAUGUUCCUAUGGAGACCGUCUGCAAACAAUCAAAGGUAUGCGUUUACGCCUUUGAUGGACGACUCUGAUGAUGAGGAGAUCGAGGAGUUCCUCGUGUCUGCUAAUCUGGCCGACGGAAUAAAGCUGAGAUCCACCAAGAGUGAUGCCAACGGCACAGCACCCAAACCUGCAGCCAAUCCAGAUGAAGACUUGAAGUGGGUGGAGGAGAACAUCCCUACAUCACUGUCCGAUGUGGCACUUCCUGUUCUUCUGGACUCUGAUGAGGAAAUCAUGACCACAAAAUACGAGAUGUCCAAGAUGGAGUAGCGUUUUGGGGAAAGCGGUGCUUCUCUGCCCUGCUCGACGUGGCUCCCCCUGCUGGCCAGACUACAGACUACGCCCAUCGGCCCUCGCUCCAGAGGGAUGUCUGAACACUAAGCAACGAGAGGCUGCUCCUAGCAGAGGCCGGGGAAGGGUUCUGCCUGCCAGAGCUGAGGGCUGAUGCUUGCCUCGUGGGGUUUCUCAGAUAGAGGUGUUACCUCACAGUUCCUUCAUGAAAGUCUAAAACACACUCCCGUCACCCUCGUGCACCUGGUGUCCUGGCCAUCGUUUACAAAUCCGUUUAACCAACUCCGUUCAGUGAACUCCUCCUCAAAGGAACAAAGCUGCCCUCAUCUUGUCCACUGUAAAGAGGGAGCUGACCAUCAUAGCACAUCAUGACUGUUUGUUUUGUUUUUCUCUCUUCUGCUUCUGUGUUUUUCAACUGGCAAGGUUGUGCGGCAGGACCAAGUCACUUUAACUUAGGAUGGAAUGGGGUGGGUGGCAGUUCUGGUUGACCAAAAGUUGAGGUUCUAAGUUCUUUCCUUCUGUUGCUUUGACACAGUCUUGUACACAUGUGUUAUUUAUGUUUCCGUGUGAAGCAGGGUUUGCUGUCUGAAAAUAUAAUGUGAAAUACUGUAUGUGUCUGAUAUGAUUGUGUGUGUGUGUAUUUACAUGUAUGCGUGCGCGCGCGUG